UGGUUGGUUGGGCCAAUUGUCUUCUAAAACCACUUGAAUYGGUCGUUCAUCAAUCAGCUAGGCUCUUGACUGUCACUGUUAAUGACUCGAGACCUCUUAAGCCAAACUGCUCGUCAAGAAAUGAAUUCACCAAUGGCUUUUCGCCGCAUUAGCAUGUCAUUAGCGAGACAUCUGUAGUCACUUAAGCCAAUCAACUUGUCAUCAUCCCGAGUUUGAUUGAGGAAAACCUCAAGAAUGAUUAGCAAUAGGAAAGAACAGCACACGAUGGUAUAACACUUCCUUGCAGCGCGAUUCUCUCAGCGUCGUGUUUUCGUGUUUGCGUCGUUCUACAGCGGUAUCGAUUUCUUUAUGUUUGUCAAACUUGUGGUGUAUUUCACUCACUUAUCUGAAUCCCAACAUGUCAAUCAAUUACUUGUUAUGGAAAUCUGUCGCAUGGGUAUACCAUUCCAAGUUUGCCACAAACUCAACACGCCGUCAUUAGAGUAUGUCCCAGUCAGUAAAAGCCGUUUUACUCUGGAAACAAGAUCCGGACGAAAUCGAUAAGCUCUAGAUAAAUUCGCUUAGCAUUUUCACGUUGUCUUAUCGAGUCCUGCUAAAAGGGGCGUGUUGUGAACCAGCCAAAGGCGUUCAAAGCAUUCUAUCGAUCAUUAAGAGAUAACUGAGCAAGUCGGAGAUUCGACAACAUUUUCAAAAGCUCGGCUUCGCUCCAGAGCCUGAACGACAAGGACGAUUGUAGCUCAACAUUAAGGCGAGUAAUUGCUGAAUUGUAUACCGUUUGGCCAAUUGAAAAAGGCUAAACAUGAACACAUUAAGGUUGACAACGUGUCUCGGGCUAAUUGAUAGGGUCGGUUAGCCAAUCACGAGAGGGUUUUAUCGUUUUUUCCCGGUUGUUUGUAAAGAUGUAGGCGGGGAAGUGCAUUUUCUCUUUCUCACGGUUCCAUUAGACACAAAGGUCGACCAAUCAUAGUACAGUUCUUCCUUGUCAAACGCUUAACAAGUUUGACAUUUUUAUUCGCGAUCAUUAUCAUCGACUUAAAACGUCGCCACUUAUGCCGUGAGCACAGUGAGACUUACACAAGCGGCUUUGUUUGCCUUUCUUAGACUCCUGAAAUUGCUCCAUCAUUGGAAUAUUGGAAAACGUUCGGCACUUAUUAAAUCAAGACGAAAUCUGCCAACCAUGGAUGAUAAACCUCGAUUGAAUCCGUUUUCGAUCUCAAAUAUUUUGGGCUCCAAAAGCUCGCGAGAUAGCGAGAACAGGGAAGUUACAACUACGAGUGAAAAUGAGCGCGGAGAUAAGAGCMUUAUUGAGGUAGACGACAAGGGUUCAGUAGGGGGGAAGCAAACGUCUUAUGGAGCUUUACAACACGAUGGAAAGACUCCUGGGGAUAUAUAUGAYUGGGAAGAUGAAUCCACGGUACACAGUCCAGAAAAAAACGACUUUGACAGACACUCAGACAAAGAUAUCCAGCUCUCUGAUGAUAAAAAAGACGACAGCAAAAAACGAAGGAAAAAGAAGACCAGAACAGUUUUUUCUCGAAGCCAAGUCUACCAACUCGAAUCGACCUUCGACAUGAAAAGAUAUCUGUCUUCAUCGGAGCGAGCUGGCCUAGCAGCGCAGUUACAUCUCACAGAAACACAAGUCAAGAUCUGGUUUCAAAACAGACGAAACAAAUGGAAACGUCAAAUUGCUGCAGAGAUGGAAGCUGCAACUCUAGCGCAGGCAAAUCAACAUCGUAUGGUUAGAGUUCCAAUAUUGUAUCACGAACAGGGUCGAUCAGACCAUCCUCAUACACCUUACCCGUUUUACCAACAUCCAUACGUUAGUCUACAGUAUGCUCCAAGCUUCCCUCAUCUCUUUGCACAUCCUUUAAGACCUUCUAUGAGUUCUUUGGUAUAGGAAAUUGCUAUGCAAAGUACAAUGAAUUUCGCGCCGGCCAGGUGGCAAAUGGCAGCAAGCAAACAGUCUAUACCUCCAAGAGUGUAGAGUUUGUCAGAUCUGGUGGUACUAAAGUGUUCUUUUGAACCUUAACUGCACUCUGGAACAGUUUGUCAGCUGUGCUGUGGUCCAAUGAAACAUUGAAGUAUAAGGUUUAUUCAUCUGGACUGCAUCCCUUCUAAGGUGACAUUCAACUUGCAAAAAAAGUACAUUUAAUGUUGUAUAUAGAARGAACUGAAUUUUAUGUCUUCAAGUCGUUGAUUUUAUUCUGAGGACAAAAGACAAAGUCAAAAAUGUAUAUAGGUUAAUCUCUAAACGAUGUGAUAGUCUUUGCCUGGUUUACAGUAUGUUUACUGUUGAUAUUAACACCUAUUUAUUCAAUCCRAAAAUUGAUUAAGUUUUUACUCUGUUAUAUACCAUGUACUAUGCUGUUAUACCUACUUCAUACGACUCAUGUGAAUCGGGUUGCAAGGACAAAUAUGACCUGCUAUUAUAAAUAGCAAUUCAUCAUGAAAUGCUAGAAAUUAUUAGUAACUUUAGCUGGGGAAUUCAUUGGGGGAGAAAAAUUGUGAAAAAUUACACAUUGAUAUAGAUUUUUUAAUAAAUAAUUUCAACUAUA